AUGGCGGGUAAGCCGACUGUUCGUGGUGAGUUCGCGUCGGUGGGACUGUCGGCAGCGGGAGGCUUUGGCACUCUACAGAGGCAAUGGAUGUUGUACAUGGGCCUUCCAUGGGUUAUCGGAGGCAUGCAAGCUAUGGUGUAUGUAUUUGUGGCUACUCAGCCAGUACUGAUGGUCUCGGUAUGCACUCUAGAGACGGCGAGAUUAGGGUGUAGACCCCAUCCGAUUGACGAGUGCCCGACUGACCCUUCCCUAUACGAGUUGGCUGGGGAUAUACACAAGUCUGUUGUCAGCGAAUUCGGGCUGGCCUGUGAAAAUAGUUCCUGGGCAGUUGCCCUGCAGUCGGAGUUCUUCUUGGGCUUCCUCGUGGGAGUGUGGGGCAUUGGUUGGCUUGCUGACCGCGUUGGACGAAAGCCCGCGUUGUGGAUGAGUGCCGUCGUGACCCAGCUCUUCGGUUUGCUGUCUUUCGUAGCGCCGUCCUAUAUUGCAUAUGCAAUUUCAAGGCUGGGGGUGGGUCUCGGUGUUGGCGGUCUUGGCCUCUCGAGCUACGUCUUGGCAGCAGAGGUCACUGCACCCGAGUGGAGGAGUCUUGUGUGCGCUGGCACCAGCUCGAUAUUUGCUAUCGGUAUAGUGGCGGUCUCGGGCCUGGCAGCUAUUCCUGGCAUCCACUGGAGGCUGCUAUCUUUCAGUGUGGGUCCUACUCGGGUUUGGAUGCUCAGUUGGGCGUGCGUGCUGCCGGCCCUACUGCUGACCCGCUUCCUGGAGUCGCCAGUGUGGCUCGAGGCCCAGGGUCGUCAUGGUGAAGCUGAGGCGGGGCUACGCAAGAUCGCCAUCGUUAACAACAGACUGGCUGAAUUCGAUUCGUUUUUGAGGAAGUGGGAUGAUGAGCUGACGGCGGACGCGGAUGGAAAUCUUUCGAUAGAGGAAGGCGAAAGAGGCGGUCCUUCGCCUGUGGACGAAGGCCUGUGGGGUUACUUGCUGAGGAGCAGACUGAAUAUCAUACAGGAGUUUAUGGCUGUGAUGGUGGCGGCGUGGUUCGCGUCGAGUCUUGGUUAUUACGGCCUGUCGAUGAAUGUUGGACAUCUCGGCGGGAAUAUUUAUGUGAACUCUAUCCUUAAUGCCUUGGUUGAAAUACCCUCCUAUGGUGUGAUGUACUUCAUGGUUGAUAACGCCGUUACAGGAAGGAAGCUCACUCUUGUGAUAUAUCUCCUAGCAGCAGGAGUGGCCUGUAUGGUGUGCCCUUUCUUCACCUACCUCCAUUGGCUCUCUCUCACUAUUGCCCUCAUCGGCAAGUUUUUCAUCUCUGCCGCAUUCGGAGUGUGCUACAUAUAUGGUGCCGAGCUGUUCCCUACGAGCAUUCGUAGCUCAGCUUUGGGCAUCCAGUCUCUGGCGGCCCGUAUUGCUGGUAUCAUUUCCCCCCUUAUACCGCCCCUUGGUGGUUUCUGGUCACCUCUGCCUGAUUUUAUAUUCGGUAUUCCGUGCAUAGUCGCUGCGGGUCUAACUCUGCGGUUCCUACCUGAGACACUUGGGAGGAACCUGCCGAUGAGCGUUGAAGAUGUCCGUGGCCUCCGCUACAGCUCUGUGGGUGGGGCUGAUGGACCUCGUCCAGGGCAUGGUCGGACGCAUGGGAAGUAUGAGAUGCCGUUGGAAGAAUUCGAUACAGACUCAUCUGAUGGGUAUGAUGAUGAGGACGAGGAGGAGGCACGACGGGCGGAGACUCUGCGUGACGUGUUCGGCACUGAAUUUGCCCCUCGGGGCAAUGAAUAA